AUGAGCCUUUUGGAUCAAGUAGUUAAGCAACUUGCUUCUAUCGAACUCAAGGAUGAUGACAUAGCUGAAUACAUUGCUGGCAUUGUUGAGGAUGCCUCCAUGGAGGAGGAAGAAAAACGUGAUGUUAUCACAGAAUUCUUAUCAGAAGCUACUGACAAAGACACAACAAAUUUUGUCAGUGCAAUUUUAAAUGAUUGGAAAAAAGCUCAAGAGGAGAGAGAAAAGGAAGCGGAUGAAAGAAAGGCAAAACUUAUUGCAGAUGCCAAAGUGCGUGAGGAAGAGAGACGAUUGAAGGCUGAAAAGGAACAGGAGGAAAAUCGUCAACUUCGGAAUGCGCAAAAGGAAUUAAGCAAGGAACAAAAAGAGGCACGUGAGAAAUUGAUGCAACAGUACGGAUAUGUAACGGAAGGAGGCGAUGAUGAAGACGGUGAGAGUAGAAAGGUAGACGAAUUAGCAUCGCUAUCUCCAAAAGAUCGUCGAAAGAAUAAGCAUGCUUCAGCUGCACCAUCGAUAGGCCAAUCGAAACGCAGAUUUGGUGAAAGAGAAGGAACAGAAAAGACGUGA